ACGAACUUGGUUAAAAUCGGAUAACAUACGCUUGGAUACCUCCCUUGUUAGAUUCAUCAUAAAAGUCUCUUAUUAUUAAUAUAUGUUGUGUCUAAUCCUAGAGAAAUCCGCUUAUCAAAACCAGACCUCAAAGGCCAAUUUAAUUUCACCCCUUUCACCGAGUUAGAACGUCACAAUCAAGAAAUCCAACAAUUGGACGAUGCCCUCCAAAUCGAACGCGACAUUUCACGACGAAAACAAACCGAAUUUUCACAAAGAUGGGCCCUCGCCUACGAACGACAUCAAGACUUGGACCAUGUUCUUCACCUGUUUGACCGGUACUAUCAAGAAUCUCAAUCCAAAGUCCGGCACGACCAGGACCGACGUGCCCAAUACUUUUCUGAGAGUAAAGAAUUGGACCGAGAGAUUAGAAAAUUAGGGAAAGAACUCCAAUACCUCGCCAAAGUCAAGGUCACCAUUGAGACGCGGCGUGACCUCUGCGAACGGUACAAGGAUUACCUACAAUCCGUCGUGAUGGCGUAUAACAGGUCGGAAACUUUGGUCAAGGGGGAUGAACCAUACUCAAAAAUUCCCGACUUACUCGGAAGAUUUGAACACUUGAGGAACAUCCGGGACAAUAAGAGCACCGAAGUGGUCACAAAUCUUACCCGGUGUGCAAGCUCUUUGGUUUUGGAGGAUAAAGAGAAAGAUCGUUUCCACCACGAGGAACAAGCUUAUCGAACCUAUUCCAAGAAAAUGGUUGACUACACGGACAAACUGCAAGUCUAUGUUGGAAAUCUGAACGAGAACCUGAUCAAGGUCAAGAAACAGAACCACGCCCACAUUUUGGGCGCAGAACGACCAAAAAUGAACAUUUAUAGUUUAUACUGCAAUCUUGCAAAGGAGAUGCGACAGGAAAUUAAGUUGAAAGAAUCCGAUGUCACGGGACAGCUCCGUUUCAUUCAAAAGUUUUUGGGCGAAAUGAAAAAGAUAAGCGCACGGGUACGAGAACAUUUACAAGUUGGGUCAGAAGUACCACUGCCUUCCAGUCACGAGCAAGCAAUUCAACGGACAAGUGUACGAUCCAGUGUUUAAUGAUGAUUAAUAGUUAAAUAAGUUUCAACAUUUUCCUACAAAAAUUGAAUCAUAAUUAAUUAUGCAAAUCUUAAAC